GUCUCCUCUGUGCGUCUCCGUGCGCCUGAGGUCGCACUGUUCACUGCGUCACCUCUCCUUCCUCUCUUUCGAUUUUGAAGUAAAAAUGGAGAAACACUACACGGGCUCUCAAGUCAAAGGAGUCAGCACAGGGACCACCAUCCUGGCUGCAGUUUUUGAUGGAGGGGUCGUGAUUGGGUCAGAUUCCAGAGCUUCCAUCGGAGGAGAAUAUGUAUCGUCUAAGACCAUCAACAAGGUGAUCCAGGUUCAUGACCAGAUCUUCUGCUGCAUGGCAGGUUCACUCGCAGACGCUCAGGCCGUCACCAAGGCUGCGAAGUUCCACCUGUCCUUCCACAGUAUCCAGAUGGAGACGCCUCCUCUGGUGAUUUCUGCUGCAUCUGUACUUAAAGACCUGUGCUACAAAAACAAAGACGAACUGCAGGCCGGCUUCAUCACAGCAGGCUGGGACAGGAAGAAAGGGCCACAGGUGUACGUGGUGGCUCUAGGUGGGAUGUUGGUCAGUCAGCCUGUUACCAUCGGCGGCUCAGGCAGCACUUACAUCUACGGUUACGUUGAUGCCAAAUACAAACCCAACAUGAGCAGAGAGGAAUGCCUGCAGUUUGCCACUAAUGCUCUCGCUCUCGCUAUGGGCAGAGACAACGUCAGCGGAGGCAUCGCUCACCUGGUGGUGAUCACAGAAAAAGGGGUGGAGCAUGUGGUGGUGCCUGGUGACAAGCUGCCAAAGUUCCAUGAUGAGUGACCGCCAUCUUUUUUUUUUGCUUUUUUUUUUUUGCUUUAUGGAGAAAUAGUUUUGAAUCCCAGAGCCACAAUUUCAU